AACGCUGAUUGAGGUCAUCUGGGACGUAUCUGCUGCCGUGUGAGCGCACAAUGACGGACCGACAUCAGCCGUGCUUAUAUCGACGAACGCCAUCUGUACCUCCGACGACCUCCGUGAAUACAUCUCCUUUCUCCCGAAAGUAUCAUCGAUGGCGUUCCAGCUGCCGCAAACGCAUAAAGCUGUCAGGCUUCACCCUGCGGAUUUGACAAUUCACGUCGAGGAGAUUCAGGCCCCGGAAAUCGAGCAUCCUGAUGAUGUGGUUGUCAAAGUCAAGUUGGCCGGUCUGUGUGGAAGUGAUCUUCAUGGAUACAGAGGGCAUGAGAAGAUCCACGAGAUAAUCGUUACAGGCCAUGAAUUUGUUGGAGAAGUUGUAGCGCUAGGCUCAAACUUCUCUCCAAGCGCGACAGGAAGGCCACUGCUAUAUUCUACACUCAAGGUCGGAGACUUUGUCGUUUCGCCGUUUAGCUCGUCAUGUGGUGAAUGCCACUUCUGUCGAAUUGGUUUCACGUCUCGCUGCGUUCAUCAACUACUCUUCGGUUCUGAGGCACUUCCUGGUGGACAGGCGCAGUAUGUGCGCGUUCCGAGAGCAGGAGGCGUCUUAUUUGUGAUCAAGUCAGCUUCUCCAUCUCCACAACAUCAUAAUGAGCUUCUGGAGAACCUCUCCGACCCAUCACUGCUGUUACUUGCGGACAUCUUGCCGACGGGGGUGUUCACCGCACUUCAGACUGUACAGCAUCCGAACAUACUCCCGAUCAUAAAGGGAGAAAGAUUCCCGCUUGCAUCAGUAGAAGCUCUUUCAAUUCCCGGUUUGGGAGAAACAGUGAAUUUGAAGAAUCGAUUACUCGAUCCGUUAUGGCCCAACAUGUUAGAGGAAGAUCGCAUUCUUACUAUUGCGGUUGUAGGUCUCGGACCAGUGGGCAUAUGCGCGAUAAUAGCCCUCCUGGACAUACUGAGCGGACUCAAAGUACGCGUGCGCCUCUUUGCGAUCGAUUUGGUCGAAGCACGUAGGAACAAUGUCCGCGUGGUGUAUGACGCUCUUCCACCUGAUGCACGGGGUGAUUGCGAACUUGUCGUUUGCACCCUAGAAGAAGCCGAGAAGUUCAUCAUGGAUGCAAGUAGCGGAGCAGGAUGUAACGCCGUAUUAGAGAUCGUGGGUAACACAGCAGCGUUGGCGCUAGCUUACUCCCUGAUCCGCCCGUUCGGUGUCAUAAUUUCUGCCGGAGUGCAUCAAGCGCCUCCGCUCCCUUUUACAGGCCGGCAAUUUUAUAAUAAGAACGUUUCACUUGUGUUUGGAAGGUGUCCUGUGCGCACCGUGUUCCCAUUUGCUGUGGAUUUGCUGAGAAAGAGGCAGGAUGUAUUUGGCGGUGGAGGUGAAGAUGGAAAGGCAAAGAGCAUUGCGGGAGUUGAGCGUGUGAUGAGCAUUCAGAGCGCACCAGAGGCGUAUGCGAAAUUUGCGAGAGGUGAAUGGGGGAAAGUUGCAUUUGAUCCUUGGGUCUAAGUGAUCUAAGUCUUAUUCAUUGUGAAAUGUACUAUUAGCUUUGUACUGUUGGUUGGUUGGAAGAAUUUUCUUAUCAUACUGAAAGGAUGAGUAUUCGUACGUAUCGGAACAGCUGUCGUUCCGUAAAUUAGCAUGGGAUUGGUACUUGUAACUCAAUGUACAAUUCGCAUCAGGAUCCACCUUCCUGACAGGAAGGGUUGAAUAUUACUUCAAAGUACAGAGAAAAUAUAGACCCAACCUACUAU